GUCUCCCGUCACUUGAGCCCCAUUCCACCGCACAGAAAGACCCUUCUUUACGUGUUCAAGCAUACUCUGCAUUAAACCGAUGCUUAGUUCGGGAAAAUUGUUCUGUCCCAAACUUUUGGGCUCUGGACUAUGGAAGUCCCCUUAUUUUCUUGCAAGUAUGUCAAGGCUGGCACGCACUUGCACAAAGUUCGAAGAUCCUUUGGACCAAGAUCUACUGUGGAGACUACUGGGCCCAAGAUGAAAUGCUUUCGUAUGUUAAAUGUCCCACCCCCGAAGCACUCCAAAAACACCUUUCACGCAUUGACGGGGUGAAGUUUGAGCUCUACCUAUACAAGUAUUUGAGAUAUACAGAGGCUGAAAAAUGGGCCUCGAUAUUGCGAACGUCCCUUCAAAACUGCCACAAGAUUUGUUCCAAGUUGAAUGCGGAACAUUUGGACCCUGAUUUCUACAGCUUCGUUGGUCUAGGCUCGAAUCGACUUAUAGAUCAGUUAUUAGAGGAGAUUAGUCGAUUAUCUGGGGAUCCAGAGGGUCCAGGGACCUAUUUGCGCACUUUGGUCUAUACCUGGCGUUUUCCUCCAGAGCUUUACGGUCUAUCGGCAAUAUGGAAUCAAUUACACGUCCUUUAUCUUGAAGGGUCCCGUUUUUCAUGGGACGAGGGAGCUCAAUUUUUUUUCUCUAGCUUGCACAAUCUUCGCGAACUCUUAUUGGACGGUAUAGGGACUGCGUUUAGCCCAGGAGGCAAAGCUCUUAGGUUGGGAAAAGUCCCUGGAUUGAAUAUGGAUAUUGUAGAGCUGUCGUAUACCACUCAAGCCCAUGGCGAACUAGUUGACUGUGACAAAGUAUUGACCUUGCCAAAUCUACGCAGGCUCUCCGUCAUGGUUUAUUGGCCGUUAAUCCUUUCCAUUGAUGCGCCAAAUAUUGAGGAGGUCGAAAUGAGGGGAGGUCGUUUGGUUGAUGUUCACAUCUUCACGCAAAUGACGCUAAAGCCUCAGUUACUCUAUCUUCAUAUUGAUCAGCAUACCGAACAAGCAUUGUUUGAGCGAGCCUUGGAUAGGCUUUCGAUCCUGACGCUUGUUGAUCUACGUUUGGAACAGGACAAUGUUCCUAAAGUAGGCACCGGCCUAAUGCAAGGGGUGCUUGAGAACGUGAAGAGAGGUAUUUCUGUACGAUGGAAUGGGGUUCAGGUGACGGGGAGUUUGGAACAAAUAGCUACAUGGGCGAAAAGUGGACAGCUCAAUGUCGAAUGCUAA